UAAAAGAGGAGGACUACCCGCUGCAUUAGAAAUCCAGACUGGAAACACACACCGAGGAGUAAUCCAGAAGCCUUCUGCACUCUCAAAAUGAAGUCAGCUCUCAUUGCUUUUCUCACCUGCCUGCUUCUCCUCUGUGCACAAGGACAACCAGCCAACAGGUCGAACAAAUGCAAGUGUUCCAACAGCCUCCUGACCAAGGUCAGACUUCAGCGCAUCCAGACAGAACCAGUUGUUUACCAACCAAGUAUCUUCUGCCCACGCACUGAGAUCAUUAUUACAGUGGCAAACAAGGAAAAGUGUGUGGAUCCAAAGUCCCGAUUUGGACAGUUUAUCCUGAAUCUGAAGAACAAAAAGACCGAAGCAGUGUACGGGACAACAGCUUCAGCUCAGACUUCCACUUCCAGCUCCACAACACAGCAGGCAACAUCCAAGCUGUAGAACUCUGCUGAAGCCAGACAGCAUGGUGCUCCAACUCUGCUCUUCUCUUUCCCAACUAUAAUACUCUAAAUGCUAGUAGCGGGCAGAAAUGAACCAGUGAUCAUGACGGCCAGUCUCUUUUGCAUGUAUUGUAUUAAGCUUGUUUACAAAGCUUUUAUAGUGUACAGAUUUAGUUUUCUACUAUGGAAAAUAAAUAGUUUAACUGAC